GAGACCUGUCGCCCCGCCUGGGGGCCCGAGGCCUGUCCCCCGCCCGGGGGCCCGAGGCCUGUCGCCCCGCCCGGGGGCCCGGUGCCUGUCGCCCCGCCCGGGGGCCCGGUGCCUGCCGCCCCGCCCGGGGGCCCGGUGCCUGCCUGCCGCCCCGCCCGGGGUAGCCCUCCUGCCUGCCUUCUGCCUGGUCCUGCCCGAUGUGCCUCUGCCGGAGUCCUGCCCGAUGCCUCUGCUUGGAGUCCUGCCCGAGUCCUGCCCGAUGUGCCUCUGCCCGGAGUCCAGCCCGAUGUGCCUCUGCCCGGAGUCCAGCCCGAUGUGCCUCUGCCCGGAGUCCAGCCCGAUGUGCCUCUG